AAAAGCUCAAUCCGUCAAAAUGGUCAAGAAGAGAAAGAACAACGGCCGCAACAAGAAGGGCCGCGGCCACGUCAAGCCCAUCCGCUGCAGCAACUGCUCGCGAUGCACGCCCAAGGACAAGGCGAUCAAGAGGUUCACCAUCCGCAACAUGGUUGAGUCUGCCGCCAUCCGUGACAUCUCUGACGCCUCGGUCUUCGCCGAGUACACCGUCCCCAAGAUGUACCUGAAGCUGCAGUACUGCGUCUCUUGCGCCAUUCACGGCAAGAUUGUCCGUGUCCGCUCCGUCGUCGGCCGCCGCAACCGUGCCCCUCCUCCUCGCGUCCGCUACAACAAGGACGGCAAGAAGAUCGUCCCCACCCAGGGCGCCAAGACUACCACUGCUUAAACGGUGCAUGUCAUGUUUGGGAGGAAGCGCAGCGGAUGAACUCAGCCAAAAGUCUUUUUCGGCUCAUGAAUCACGAAACGGAUCAUGGCAGGAUGGGCCGGUGUCUAGGGAUCGGGCCAUAGACAAUCGAAAAAAUAAGCCAG